UUUUUUUUUUUUUUUUUUUUUUUUUUUUUGAACAGAGUACAAAGUAAAGGAAUGGUAUAAACCGUUGCUUUUUCGCCUCCCUCUCUCUUUUGCUUUGCAUGCAUAUCUCAAUCUCUUUUCUUUUGUUUUACUAUAAGCAUAUAUUUCAAUUUAUCCCUUUGCUAAUAAAGAGAAUGGAUUUUCUUGAUCACUAAGGAAUAAGCCACGCAUCUAAAAGGGAAGCGCACGUCUAUCUAGAUUUUUAAAAGCACGAUAAAAAAGAAAAAAAAUGCUUUUAUCUCUAUAUUUUUCCUUUUUUAUUCUUUUUUUUUGAGAAAAUGUUGCCUGCAGGUCAGAAGAAACACAACGACGAAGACUUCAAUCAAGAUGACUCUGAUGAUUCUGAUUCCAAACCCACCAAACGUUCUGGAAGAAGAAAGAUCAAGAUUGAAUAUAUUGAAGAUAAGAACAGGAGACAUAUCACUUUUUCAAAGCGUAAAGCUGGUAUUAUGAAAAAGGCUUAUGAACUAUCUACUUUAACAGGAACUCAAGUGUUGCUGUUGGUUGUCUCAGAAACUGGUCUUGUCUAUACCUUCACAACUACUAAACUGCAACCUAUUGUUACUAAGCCAGAAGGCAAAAAUCUUAUUCAAAACUGUCUAAACACCCCCGACCCAACAGUACCAGAGGUAUAUAUAAAGACGCGUUUUUCUUUAGGUCGCAUGAUGUAACUCGUUUCCAAUUAUAGACAAACACGGACAUUCAAACGGAAGAAACUAGCAGUAGCAACAAUAACUUUAGUGCAGCUCGCCCACAACAACAACAACAACAACAAC